AUGUCGGUCACUGCUUAUGCUGCAAAAUUUGGCGAGCUAGCUAAGUUCUAUCAGCAUUAUGGUGGACCAAAUGAAGAAUUCUCGAAAUGCAUCAAGUUUGAGAAUGGAUUGCGCCCAAAGAUCAAGAAGGCUAUUAGCUAUCAGAAGAUUCGAGUAUUUUCUGAUUUGGUGGAUAGUUGCCUAAUAUAUGAGGAAGACAACACUGCUUACUAUAAGAUAAUCAGUGAGAAGAGGAAUAAGACCCACCAGAACCAUGGCAAGCCGUAUGAUGCUCCUGCUGGCAAGGGUAAACCGGAAGUUGCUGAAGGCCGUCAGGGCCAGAGAUAUAGUGGGGGAGAUACUCCUGCUAAUGUGACUUGUUUCAAGUGUGGGAAACCUGCGCAUAAGAGUAAUGUGUGCACUGCCGAAGUGAAGAGGUGUUUUCGCUGCAGAAAACUUGGGCAUGCACAGUCGAAGUGCAAGCACAAAGAGGUGAUUUGCUUCAACUAUGGCGAGGAGGGACACAUUAGUGGUCUGUGUCAGAAACCGAAGAAGGCGCAAAUCGGUGGAAAAGUGUUCACGUUGGUUGGGGACUCAGACAAUUAA